ACCGCUUGGCUGACCACUAACAACAACCAUAUGUUUUUAGGGCCACUGUGGUCCAGGGCCCCUGGUUUGGGCGGCCCUGCUGAUUCAGGCGGAUAGGGAGCAGGAGGAGGAGGAGCAGGAGUGUGUGUGUGUGUGUGUUUGUCGGCAGACAGUCAGUCAGAAGGACCGGAGUCCCAGCGGCAGCUUAGGAGAGUCUAAGCGGGGAAAUCUACGUCCAAUACGGGAGAACUCACAAGGGGGAAUCCGCGAUGAGUUGGGGAACGGAGCUAUGGGACCAGUUUGAUAAUCUGGACAAACACACUCAGUGGGGGAUCGACUUUCUUGAGCGCUACGCAAAGUUUGUCAAGGAGAGGCUGGACAUAGAGCAAAACUACGCCAAGCAGCUAAGGAACUUGGUAAAGAAAUACUGUCCAAAACGCUCCAAAGACGAGGAGCCGAGGUUCACAUCAUGUCUGUCCUUCUACUCUGUACUCAAUGAACUUAACGACUAUGCUGGUCAGAGGGAGGUGGUGGCGGAGGAGAUGGCUCACAAGGUGUAUGGAGAGCUGAUGAGGUACAGCCAAGACCUCAAAGCUGAAAGGAAACACCACCUACAGGAGGGCAGGAAGGCCCAGCAGUAUUUGGAUCAUUGCUGGAAACAGAUGGACAACAGUAAAAAGAAGUUUGAGAGAGAGUGUAGAGAAGCAGAGAAAUCCCAGAUUACCUAUGAUCGGUUAGAUAAUGACAUCAACGCCACCAAAUCGGAGGUGGAGAAGGCCAAAGCCCAGUUCUACCUGCGCACUCACAUGGCUGAUGAGAGUAAGAACGAGUACGCUGCUCAGCUGCAGAACUUCAACGCAGAGCAGUGGAAACAUUUCAACAGCGCCAUACCACACAUCUUCAAGAAUCUGCAGGACAUGGACGAACGCCGGACGGUGAAGCUCGGAGAGACGUACCGGAGCUUUGCAGAGGCCGAGCGGAGAGUCAUUCCCAUCAUCACAAAAUGUCUAGACGGAAUGGUUUCUGCUGCUAAAGCUGUUGAUAAUAAAAGGGAUUCAUCCAUUGUCAUCGAGUCGUUUAAAUCGGGCUUCGAGCCUCCGGGCGACUUCCCCUUUGAGGACUUCAGUCAGAAUCUGAGCAGAACAGGUUCAGAUGGCACCAUUAGCAACACACCCAAAGGAGACAGAGACAGAGACGGGGCCCCGGGGCCACGACAAGACCCAAAACACCCUAUGAGUAGAACCAAGAACAAGCUGUGGCUGUUUGGGAAGAAACCAAAGGCCCCCUCUCUGGAGGAUUUCAGCCACUUACCCCCUGAACAGAGGAGGAAGCGGCUGCAGCAGAGGAUCGACGAACUCAGCAAAGAGCUGCAGAAAGAGAUGGAUCAGAGAGAUGCCCUGAACAAGAUGAAGGAUGUGUAUGAGAAGAAUCCACAGAUGGGAGACCCCAGCAGCCUGCAGCCUAAAAUAUCAGAGACCAUAUGUAACAUGGAGAAACUGCGCUCAGAAAUCCACAAAAACGAGACUUGGUUAGCUGAGGUGGAGGGAAAGCAGAGCUCCAGAGGAGACAGAAGACACAGCGCUGACAACCACCAUCACACUCCUCAAGGCAGAGAAAGUCCUGAGGGCAGUUACACAGAUGACACCAGUCAGGAGCAUCACACGCCUCACAAGCGCUCCAGUCCUCCACAGCCCGGACAACCUAACCCCGACCCACACGAGUUUGAUGAUGAAUUUGAUGAUGAUGACCCACUGCCUGUCAUCGGACACUGCAAAGCGCUCUACUCCUUCGAUGGUCAGAAUGAGGGGACGCUGGUGAUGGCAGAAGAUGAGGUGUUGUACAUCAUCGAGGAGGAUAAAGGCGAUGGCUGGACGCGGGCGAGGAAGCAGAGCGGAGAGGAGGGCUAUGUCCCCACCUCCUAUGUAGAAAUCACCAUGGAGAAAAACAGCAAAGGUGCUGUCACCUACAUCUGAAGCUAACUCUGUGGUUUGUCCUCUCAUCCUGUCUGUCGUCCUCUCCAUCCUCCCUACUUUCUGUUCCUCAUCAUAACACUACAAAAGGAAAAAAAGACAGCAUGGACAUUCAUCUGCUCUCUCUCUGUCCUCCUGUUUAUCCCUCUAACCCAGUAAUCAUUUGUCCUCCUCUCAUAUCUGUGGGACUGGUGUUUCAGAGGUGAGUGUUUGAGCACAGAGACAAAUAGGACAAACCUAUUUGAAGGUGUUUGUAUAUUGUAUAUGAAGCGUUUCUCUGCGUGUGUGAAUGUCUCCACUGCUGUUUUGAGCCUCGUGUAAAGGCUACACCACUUCUUAUCGAUCAAAGUGUUGAAGUUUUAUGUAAUAUAUUAGAGACAAUUUAUUUUUUAAUUAUUUUGAUGUUUCUUUUUUAAAACUGGAGAUGUUUAAAGUUGAUUUUAAGUUCUUUGGGUUCAUGUUUCAUCUGUUUUUAUUUCUGUCUGAUUGUUGUUUGUGUGUGUGUGUGUGUGUGUGUGUGUGUGUGUGUGUGUCUGUGUGUGUACAUGCACAUUUGUUUUUUUCUGUGUUACCUGUGCCAUCACACUAAAUGUUGAAUUACACUUGCUGAGGUUUGUCUGGUUUCAGCCUUGGUGGUGUCUUAUCACACAGUUACAGGAGUUUGGCUCAUUCAGUCUUCUUAUUGUUGUGUUUCCUUUCAAAGCAGGGCUAGAAGUUUUAAAGGAUAAGGCUGGUGUUACUCUACGUUUUUAUUUAUCAUCAACAAAUCCCAUGAAAAAAAACAUCUAAAUUCAAUUUGAGAGAGGCAUAAAUUAUGAAGUCAAAUGCUUUGUUUUUUUCCACUGCGGAGAAAGUCAUCGGUACAUAACUUGUACGACAGGUCUGGAUCACAUGUGAACCUAAGAGAAAUUUAAAGUAGUCAUAAUAAAAAGCACAACAGAAAUAUAUGAUUUCUCCCUUUAAUCAUCUGGUGGCGCCUCGGAUUUUUAUAGUAUUUCCGGCAGUACAGAGAAGUAAGAGAUACAACGAUAAUACGUGUUAGAACCAGAAAUUCUUUUUUUAUUUUAUGGUGAACAAUAGGAAAUAUAUUAAUGUAUCACCAGCCAUAUUCUUUAAUUCCUAAUAUAGAAACCUGAAGUUAGAUAAAGUUAGGAAGUGUGCAGUGUGAAAAUGGUUUCACCUCAGUUAAAGGAGUCUGUAAGAACAAUUCCUAUUAUUCUCACUGACAAAUCAUGUAUUUUAUGUGAUCUUGCACUCAUAAAUGGACUGUUCUUGGUCAUUGUUUGAGUCUCUGAUUAAAAACAGCUCUGACCGUCAUAGUUUCCACUGGUAUCCAUGAUAGUAUAAUCCUCUACUGCAGGUGUUUCACAGUAACUGUGCCAGCUGAUUAUCUCCAUGCACUCACAUUGGAGGGGUUAUUAUUGCAGCCAACACCUUGGAGUACAAACAAGGGUGCAGAAUCAGGGCAGCCAAAUAAUAUGUGACUGUAUGCAGAGAGCAGCUAACUAAAAAGUGUUGCUACCAUUUAUUUGUUGGCAUUAUCAUGUUAUCAGCUCUUACAGUCACUGGGAGAGUGUGGAUAAAGAGGAGGCUGCCAAACGUACAAAAACUAACUUUUUCUUCCUUCUUCCACUCUGUGAAUCAGUUGCGAGUUGAUCUUUCAUUUACUUAAUCCCUUCUCGUCUUUCUCCUCCAAUUUGUCCUCCCCUCCUGCACUUUUACCUCUGUCUUUCUCCUGUUUGAUCCCUCCUUCCCUGGCUCUCAGUUUUACUUUCCUCAGUCUCAUCUUCCCUCCUUUUUUGAACAUUUGUUUCCUUCUGUCUUUUAUGUACUUGCUUCCUUCUUUCCUGUCUUUCCAUGUCCUGAUCCCUUUCCUUCUAUCCACCUGUCUUACCUCAUGUUCUACCUUUCCUCCCCUCCCCUUUCCUUCCUUCUGUCUUUCUAUUUACUUCCUGGUGAUUCAUCUCCUUAAAGUCAACUCUAUUAAAAAUGAAUUGGCAGUCUCUGUAUGAACACUUUGAUUCUCUUAAAACACACCUCUUUGUCAAACUUCAAUCGUGUGUGUGUGUGUGUGUUAGUGUGUUAGAGGGGCAAUUGCAGCACCUCGUGUGUCUUGUAGUAACUCACUCUCUCCUCUAUGUGACUGCAGGUUCCUGAGGGCUGCAGGGUGGCCGGGCGAUUUGAUUGGCUGGUGGAGGGCUCACGCUGAUUGCUGAUUAUUGGUGGUGGGGGGGUGACCCAAGAAAGAGAGCAAUGAGGGGAAAGAGAGAGGUAGAGAGGGAAAGAGAAAGAGAAAGAUGGGAGGCAGGUUUGCAUGUCUGCAUGCUCACAUAUUCAUAAUCAGCAAAGCAUUUUGGGUUACUAUGGGAAGAAUGAAGGGUCAUAAGUAGAGGAGAAGAUGACCUUAAAGCCAAAAAAGGCACUAGGAUCAUGUAGUGGCAGCCACUGGAGAAGACCCACCCUGACCUGCAGGAGAUUCUGAACAUUUUGUUGCAAAAGUCUGAUAUGGUCAAACCACAGCAGCAGUGGCAGACAACAGAAAGAUUUGUACUCAUUCACAGGGAUAGAAACUCUCUCUGCUCUGCUGCUGGACUGAAAGGUGAAGCCACUAUCAGACUUUUAUUAGACUAAACAGAAGCUGCAACUUGCUGCCUGCUGGUCCGUAAGGGUCUUAAAAGAUGGCUACACACCUCCUCCAAUCACAGAGUUUCAGCUCCCAGAGAGCAGUGCAACAGGAGGUUUUUUUCUCUCUGAUUGGUUGUGGAUUUAUCCUUUAAUGACUGGAGCAUCUCCCCACCUCACUGAUUCACUGACUGCUUUGUGCUUUCAACAAGUCUCCUCUGUAGGUGCAGGUCAAAGUGUUGGAGGAAAAGUUUUUCCAAGUCUUUUGUAGCAGCUGCCAUGGGCUACUCAAACCGUAAAAUAGCAUUUUGACAAGAAAUUCUCAUCACAAAAGAUGACAUAGUAACUGAGCGACUUCAUCUGCAGAGGAAGGCCAUAAGGUGAGGCUGAAAGCUUCGGAAACAUCAAGUAAGUAACUUUGUGAUGAGAUGUUUUUUGGUCAAAUUGCUAUUUCCAAACUCAAAAAGAAAAGAACACUGUAGCUUUCGGCUUUAAGUUGUCUCAGCGUACAAUUCACAUUUUUUACAUGUGCCAUUUGUGCUUGAAUAUAUUUAAAAAAUAUUUCAGUGUUUCCUUACCAUUUAUUCUCUUAGUUAACAUGUAAACGUUUCCCCCAAACAUUUGCUCCAGCUCCUCAUGAGAGACAGUUCAGCUGAUUUUAAACUCAUCAUCAGGGUUUGUCACCUUCUGAGGGUCAGCUAUGCUUCCAAGUAUUUGCUGCCACUAACAAUGUCAGUGCUGCUCUCAUCCCUGUCAUCAUCAUCUGUGCUCUGUUGGUGAUGUCUGCCUGCCUGCCUGCCUGCCUGAGCCACUCUGCUCCUCAUGCCUGCCUUCACCCUCAUACAGUCGCAUGUCCAUAACGUGUCCCCCAACAUGAUUAGGCAUUUCAUCUGUGACUUUAACUCCAACUUUACAAGUGUGUGUGCAACUUUGGCUGAGUCGUGUGUUGAAUGCUGCGUCAUUGUGAUGUUUUAAUGGAUGUCCAGCAUGAGUAUGAUUUUAUUUUUGUGCAUUUAAUGUUACUCAUCAGACAGAUAGCAGGACUAUCAGGUGAAUACAGGACCUCUCUACCCCUCUCUUUCUUCCUACCUUUCCUCCUUUCCUUCCUGGGUUGUAAUUCCACCAGUCGACCAGCAGAUGGGAGCCUUCCCUCACCAAACCACAGCUCAGCUCCAGCCGGACUGGGCCGCUUUCAAUAACACCAAACAGAAAAAGGAGCUCCGGUGUCUUUGCAGUCAGACUCUGCCUUAAACUUCACGUCGUUUUAGUGUGGAGGGAUUAUUCCAUACAUAUCCGGAUGUGUCUGCGCUUCUGCUUGACUACAUCUCCCAUCAGCCACCUGGGCUCAGCCUCGCCUCCUUGGGGACUCUACUGCAUCUCCAUUAAAAAAAAAAAAAAAAAAAAAAAAAGUUUUUGCCAUUUAAUCAGUUGUAUUUGUGAAUGUGACGACACGCACGCAUGUAUCAACAACAUGUCCGUAUGUCUAUGGAAGGCCACACAGGCCAAAAAAAACACAUUGAAUUUUGGCAUGUUUGGCUCUCCAUACCUAUUAAUAUGUAAAUGUGUGUACAUGUUCCUGUGUUACAUGCGUGACGUUAGUUUUUACCAUUGAAUGAUUUGUACAUAUUAACAUCUUUUAUGUCAUGCUGAAUGUGUUUCCAUGGUGAUUGUUUUUAAGUUUGUUUUGAUUGACACUCUUCAUGAGAGGCAACAAGGUUUGAAUUGAACUGAUGCACUUUGCCCUGAAGUACUACAGCAUUUGAAUCGGAUUAAAUGAACGAGUGAAUGAACGGACGGAUGAAUGAACUAAGGUCUGUGUUGUCUGCUGAGAGAGGGGUGAACUUUAUGAAUGACCACUGUGUAGCAGCCAGAAACAGAAACAGCUCUAGUAACUUCCUCUUCCUAAUGGUUUUUAUACUCUUUUGUAACUCUCAAUGAGCAAUGACCAACUUUUGCUUUGCAUGAUUUUCUAGAUUCUUUGAAUUCAUUCGUCUCUCUGGUGAUCCUGUUUUUUUUUUAACCAUUCACUGUAUCUCUUCAACAGACUAACAAAACUACACAUCUGAAGUAAAGUUUGACUUCCUGUUGAUGCUAUUUAAGACAAAAUGCCACUGAUGAUUUGGCUGCUUGUCGAUCUAGAAGCAGGUGGCGACGCCUCAGUUGUAAUCUGUGUUUCUUUGACGAAGCUGUGAAAUGUACAGAGAGAUGCUGUCGGUGUUGUUACUUGAACUUUGGUCACGCUUCUCCACACUUUCCGAUCUUAUCUGCACCAUUUUGCAUCACAGAAAUAGUUUGACAUUGAGAGAAAAUCGCUUCCCACAACUUUAUAGUUUUACACUUUAUAUGAAUCAAACAACGCAUGGACUUUAUUACCUUCGAACAGAGCUAGGCUAAACGGCUGCUGGCUGUCAUUUCAGGUUUACCCUACAGAUAUGAGAGUGGUAUGGUAUCUUCUCAUCU